CUGAUCGCUGCUACCCCAAUUGUUUUGUAAUACCCGUCCUCGCAUCGAUCCUCCACCGGAGAGCCCUUGAACCAGCGCCACACCUGCCACGUGAACCCCCCCUUGCCCCAUCUCCCGAGCCCCCUCGUAAAGUUGCUCUUUCUGAAUACAAACUGCGGGGCGUGGAAAAGUAUCCAGUGUCUAGGUCAUUUAUCCAGAUCUCCUCCUAGACCCCCCCUUCAAACAAAACUCGAGAGGUAACACCUUUUAUUUCCCUUCCAGCUCUGCCUGUAACCCGAACCUGCGUGUCAUGGAAUUUUAUCAUCCAGACCUGUUUUCUGACCGCGAUCCGAGCAAACCCAGGCAGUGGCCCCAGAACGGAACCCAUAGGCACCAGUCUCCAAAGAGCCCUCCCCAGCCGAUAUCCUCCACAUCCUUACCGUCCGUACAUCUGCGGCCUUCUCACGUACACCCGGCUCACCUCGUUUCAACUCUGCACUACCAACCUUCAUUGCAUGGCGUAACCCAGCCCUUUCCCGUCCACUCGGGCGGAAACCCACCAGAAUAUGGACAUCGGAACUUGAACUUGGCUAUGAACCCUGUCCCGUCAUACGAGCAUCAGCGGAUGCUUCCGCCACUAUCCAAGUCCCCCGCCCAGCACUACCUACCCCCCUUAAACCUUGCCUCCCCCAAUAUCCCACAGCAUAAAUCCAAGUCUGUGGAUCUAUCGGGGUAUGGAAAGAGAAAUCUGCCUCCCUCUACCCAUACACGUUUACCAUCGAUUGAUUCUUUAACCUUCUCAUCCACCCCGGCUCUUCUUCCGGGUUCACCGUUCUACCAAACCCCAAGAUCCAUGCACUCGUCUGCCUCGUGUUGGAAUGAUUCGCCCAUGCUGAAGGACGGGGUGUCUCCGUUACACCACACACCAAGCUCUGCUCCGGUAGAUAUUUUACGUCACAGUGUAGCAAGUUACGAGCGCGAUGGCAAGCAGGAGAGGUGGGCUAUGAAGCACAAGAAAAGCAGAAGGUAUUCCUCCUCGCCUCCGCUUCCGUCGACUUCUCCGAAUGCUGCCGCCCUGUUGCCCAAGAUUCUGAAAUUGACCAAAUCGGCAAGAAAGACCAAGACAGUUAAGAAGAAAACCAGUUCUGGAUCGGUUGGGGCUGUGGUUGACAGCAGUGUCCCUAUCAACUUCCCAGGCCAUCCGACUCCAUCUCCUAUAGAGGUUCCACCGUACCAGCGACCGUGGCUUCCAGUGUGUAAUGGAGCUGUUUCAAACACUAUCGUGCAAAAGGCGUAUUCAGCUCCGGUGCUCACUUCCAUCGUGGAGCACCGGGCUGCUGAAGUGGAACCCGAGGUGCAGCGGACGGAGGAACCUGCCGCUCCACCUGUUAAGCCUCCUCGGAAGAUUAUCACGGUGUUUGAGUACCAGAUCAACAGCCAUUGGGUGAUGUGGGACCACGAAACGGGGUUGGUGCAUCUCACUGGAAUCUGGAAGGCGGUACGGGAGUUGAACGAAUUCUCCGAAACAGAGUUGCUAGCUAAAUACAAACAACAGCCCUCACUCUUUCAAAACGGGGCCGUUCCCGUCGCACCCGGGACCCCCACGCCUGCAAAUAACAAGGCUGACAUUGCCCGAUUGAUUGAGUCUGCUCCGAGCAUGGAGGUUGCCUCUCAGAUCAAGCGGAUCCGGGGCGGGUUUUUAAAAAUCCAGGGAACCUGGCUUCCGUUCGAGCUAGCCAGAGAGUUGGCAUUGCGGAUAUGCUACCACAUACGGUACUGUCUCGUGCCUAUUUUUGGGGACCAGUUUCCGCGUGAGUGCUUAAAGCCCGAGGAUGAAGGGUUUGGGAAGUUGGUCUUUGGAGGUACUGGUGACGCCAAAAGGUUGGGUCUGGUUAAUAGUGGUAGCAGUAUUAGUGCAAACGGCGAUACAGACUCAUUGUCGCCGAUUGACUCUGCGUCAUUAAGCUCUCAGACUUCGUUAGCACUGUCAGAACGGAACUUUACACCCGCCAAGUCUCUCCUGGCAUUCAGGUUCCCAAUCCUUGAUGCGGACACCUCCGCUCGGCCAGAGAUCCAUCGCAGUGGCGAGCGUCAAAGGUCCUUUCGCCUGAAGACUCGCUCCAUCACUGAAACUACAUUUCCGUUUCCACCCUGCGAAGGUGCUACUCCCUCGGACGACGACCAAGGGUUCACAAGCUCGGACUUCUUCUCGGACGACGAUGAGGAAGAAAUUGAUCAGAACAUCAUAGACGCAUCCAAAUCACUCCAGCUCUUGUCACGUGGCUCUUCCUUCAGCUCCGUUUCUGGAUCCGGUACGAAAUCGGCCUCAGGCGGACUCCUGGGGACAAUUCCAGAAAUGAGUAUGACCCCGGGGUAUCAGAGACGAAAGGAGCCAAGUCCGAGUGACGUUAUGAGUAUGGAGAUGAUGAAUAUAGAUCAGCUGGGAGAGGAGGGUAUGGUUGCUUCGUCUUUGUUGGCACUUUCUUCGUCUGGGGCGUAGGAAAGAAACCGAAACGGGUUGUUCUGGCCCAUAAUCCCUCUGCCAUGAUAUUAGUACAUCGAUAGCUAGACUCUUUUUUUUUCCAUUCUAAUCUUUUUGUGGGGACAUUUUAUUGUCAGGUUUCGGUUUCAUGUUUACCUGUGUGCUUAGAUUCGUUAGCCUUCGAACACUCGCUUUUUAUUUUUUAUAUCUUGCCGAUGGCUAAUAUACGAGUAUUUUAAUAUAUAUUUA